AUGUCCACCCCAACAUCUAUGCGAGCCUGGCAAUUCAACGCCAUCCAUAACGGUCUCGAGAACAGUGUCAAGCUAAACACAGUACCUCUACCCGCUCGCAAACCAGACCAGCAUCUCAUCAAAGUCCUCUAUGCCGCAACGAACCCGUUCGACUACAAACCCGUAGAAGUUGGGCUCAUCAACCGCUUCAUGAUGCCGAAGCCGGCGACUCCAGGAAGUGACAUCGCCGGCCGCAUAGUCGUACCAGCUGUAGGUUCGACUCUCAAAGCUGGCCAACUCGUCUUCGGCGCCUCCGUAGACAAGACGCUCUUCGCUGGUGGUGGGUUUCGUGAACAUACAUUAUCAAACGAUAAGCAACUCGUCGCCAUCCCAGAGGGUGUCUCAGCCAAAGCCGCAAGCACGAUAACGGUAGGCGGCAUCUCGGCCUACCAGACCAUCGUCCCGCAUGUCAAGCCUGAAGACAAGAUCUUCAUCAACGGCGGAUCUGGUGGCGUUGGCACGUUCUCGAUACAGAUCGCCAAAAUCUGUGGAUGUCACGUCACCACGACGUGCUCUACAGCCAAUGUAGAGCUGUGCAAAAGCCUGGGAGCCGACGAAGUCAUCGAUUACAGGAAGCAGAACGUGAUCGAGGUGCUGAAGAGCAAAGGGCCUGUUUUUGACCAUGCAGUCGACAAUGUGUGUCACGACUGGAACCUCUACUGGCAGUCUUACCGCUAUCUCAAACCUAACGCAAAAUACAUCAAUGUCGCUGCAGCGCCUACAUUCAGUUCAUUCUUGAACCCUAUCAAGGCUGGCCUUCCAGUGGUCUUGGGUGGCGGCAGACGAAAACUUGAGGGCUACUUCGCGCAGCCGGAUGCGAAGCAGUUGCAAGAGAUCGCUGGGUGGGUGGCAAAUGGCAAGGUCAAGACUCUUAUCGAUUCGGAGUUCACUUUUGAGCAGUUGCCGGACGCUGUAAGGCGACAGAAGACCGGGAGGGCGAGAGGGAAGAUUGUUGUGGAGGUUGCGAAGGAUGAUCGGACGAGUGGAUAG